AGUCAGGCGUCGAUUUAUGCGUCAUGCGUCACUUCCUGCUUCCAACAACACAGAUGAUUAGAAAAACGUUUGGAAACUGAAACUGUCCAAAGCUGCGUCGACUUUGAUGCGAUGGCUUGAAAGACUCACGGACAGUCACGUUAAAAAGAGAGAAACCAAGCGAAGGUGAAGCCAUGGCCUGUGCCCGAGUGCCACUGGACGAGCAGCAGGUGACUGAGUGUGGCCCGCUGGGAAAAGAGCACACACUGCCUGCACUGCACCCGGACAGGAAGGAGGACCGCUGUUUUGUGCCUUACAAGCCUCCGCCAGAGGACGGCUCCCCCGCCCAGGUGGAGGAGUUUUUAGAAUAUGCCAGAUUCAUCACAGAGGACCUGGAGUGGCUGCUCGCACUGCCCCACGACAAGUUCUGGUGCCAGGUGGUGUUCGACGAGUCCCUGCAGAGGUGCCUGGACUCGUACCUGCAUCACGCCCCUCGGAGCCUCGACCUCGCCGCCCUGACCUCCUCCCCUGCAGUGGCUGAGAUGCAGCGCUCCGUCCACAGGUUGGUCUUCCUGACCUUCCUGAGGAUGGCUACACAUAAAGAGUCCAAGGAGAACUUCCUCACUCCGGCUGUGUUUGGAGAAAUUAUCUACGAGAACUUCCUGUUUGACAUUCCCAAAAUUUUGGAUCUGUGCGUGCUCUUUGGAAAGGGCAACGGCCAGCUGCUGCAUAAGAUGAUAGAAAACAUCUUUACCCAGCAGCCGUCUUACUACAAUGACCUGGAGGAGACGGUGCCCACUGUGUUGCAGGUGUUUGACUCAGUCCUGGAGAAGUGUGGUCUUCAGUGUGAAGGAGCCACUGCCAUGGAGCCGAUGAAGCUGAACGCACACAAACAGCCCACUGCCAUGACCAUGAGCCAGCAGGAUCUUGUAGAUAUAAUUUUGUACCUGUGUGACUCGACCACCACCAUCCAUGCCUUCCUGGACAUCUUUCCCGCAGCCUGCUCCACCUUCCACUCCCACGGCUUCCUCAGCAGACUGACCUCGUUUUAUGAGACCGCUGUGCCUGACCUCGAGAAGGCGGUGAGGAAGAGAAACUUUGAUGAUAAAAGUCUUCAGGAGGAUUUGUGGAAGAGGUUGUCCCACUCCUGUCGCAAGAUGGUGGAGACGGCUCACCUGCUGCUGCACCACACCUGCCUACAACCGAUCCUGGAGGGGAGAGAAAACACGCCGACAUUUGCAGAGGAGCUCUUACAACAUUUUACUUCUUUUUUACCUGAGAAAAGGUUCCUGUCAGACUACGAUGAGCAGUUCCCCAUCGCAGACGACAUCAGCCUCCUGCAGCAGGCUCUUCCUGUCAUCGAUGAGACCAGGACGUCGUACCUGCUCCAGGGGGUGGAAAGUGCCUGGGACAGCGUGGGGCGACGGAAACCACAGAGCCAGAUGAGGCCUAAAGCCUCCUCGCUGUUGUCAGCCAAUCAGGGAGCAGCGGGCGAGGCCGCUGCCGCCUCCUCCUCAGCCAGCGUUAAACCUCAGAAGGUCCGAGAACCAGGAGGAGGAGAGAGUCUGAGGGGAGCAGAGGCCAUGUUGGACGUUCCCCGAAAAGGAAACAACGGAGCGGUGUGUCCGGUGAGCGGGGCGGAGCUGGAGUCCCUGCUGUCCUGUAUCAGGGACCUGCUGCCUGACCUGGGCGAAGGCUUCCUGCUGGCCUGUCUGGAGGAGUACGACUACAACUCCGAGCUGGUUAUCAACAACAUCCUGGAGGACCGGUUAGCGCCCAACCUGGACAAACUGGAUCGAGCCAUGCCAAGGCCAGUGAAGGAGGAGCUUCCAAGUGUCCUGAGCGUCAGAUCCAAUGUGUUUGAUGAUGAUGAGUUUGACGUCUUCCGCAGGGACCAGGUGGACAUGUCCCGCAUCUGGAAGGGCAGGAGGAAAGGUGAGAGCGCCCGAGAGAUGCUGAACGACAAGCAGCACAUCGCGGAGCAGAGAGCCCGAUACCAGGCCUACGAGACGGUGGUGGACGAGGUCGUCAUCGAACCCGGCGAGACCGCAGCCUCCUACGGCCUGGACGACUACGACGACGAGUACGACGACACCUACGACAUGAACCAAGUGGGAGCCAAUGACCUGGACGGAGACAGUUUGCUGAACAGAAGACCUUUCACAGUCCCACAGGUUCUGAGGAAAGGAAACAAAGUGGAGGAGGAAGAGGAGGGUGAAGAGGAAGAGGAGGAAGAACCUUUACAGAACAACGUAAACAGGGACCAGUUUGUGCAGGACCCGGCUGUGCUGAGGGAAAGAGCUGAAGCCAGAAGAGCAGCCAUGCAGCAAAGGAAAGGUUUCCGACCGGAGCGCACCAGUAACGUUGUCGGCCAGCCCAAAGGCCAAGGACAAACCCUGGAGACAUUCCUGGACCGACGCAGGAAAGAGGCCAACAAGAACCGCGUGGGCAACCACAACCGACGCACCAUGGCCGACCGCAAGAGGAACAAAGGCAUGAUCCCCUCCUGACCUGCUGUGACGACGAGCCUCCUGCUGCUGCUGCUGCUGCUGCUCCUGCUCAAACCAACCGGACCGAUGGUAGGAGGGAGAAGGUGGGGGAAGAGGAAUCAGGUUCUGGUUUUGCUCUGGGUUGUGACUUUCGAUCACGUUCUAGGCUCUGGGAGCAGCCGCUGAAGGUUUUCAGUCGUUGGCGAGAUGUUGAUUUAGUUUACAGACUUUCGUUGGCCUUUUGUUGUCAGAGGAUGGUCAAGCUGCUCACUGAGAACGUUUGAGACUCUGAACAUCUGCUUUUAGUCUUUGAGUCUAAAUCACGGUCAGUUCUUUCUUGUGAUCGCUCAUUUAAAAACCAAAGUUGUGAGUGUGAGCCAGGGACUGAGGACAAAGAAUCAGACCUUUAUUAUUAAUUUUUUUUUGCCAAGUAACAAAUCAGUUUAUUAUUAAGAUCCAGAGUGAUUGAAUGAAGUUUCUUUGACAUCAUAAUCAUCAAGUAGACAACAGGAGUUCAGAGUUUAGAGGAGAGACCGCUGUUUCUUCUGUGGCUGGAAGAACAAUUACCGACCUGGUGAUCAAGUGUGGACAUCAGCGGCGGACUGAGUCACUUUUAAACCACUCGGCUUAUGUGAAGCUGCUUGCAUGUAACAUCAUCCACCCAGUUCACACCACUGUUGUCCAACCUUCACUAAACCAAAACAAACAAAAAAAAAAAGGUCUAGAGACUCUCUGACCGUCUCAUCAUGAUGCUGUGGUGUUUGUGUUUGGAAGCACGUGCUGCACAGAGGGGCCUCAUCACGUCUCUCAGACUAGCUGUAGGGAAAACUCCUUCAUGUUGCCAUGCACAGACUAUUUUCUAUAAGAGAACAGAUCUAUCAGAGCAUUUUGUAACAAAAAAAGCACAUGUAAUUGCUUUUUGGAGUUGACAUUGCAAAAAAAAAAAAAACAACAUAAAAUAAAUACAAUAAUACUAUGUUUUCGA